AAAUAUCAGCGCGCGCACAGUCGUUAUCUGCCCACAUCUAAAGCGUUCCGCUUUAAGUAGAUUAUUUUAACUAAAUAACGUUACAUACCAAACCCUAGUUUAACAUAUUCGGUGGUUUCACCUUCGAUUAUUUUCUCACUUGGCCGAUAAUGUCCGUAAAGUGUCUCCUAUUCCGAUGAUUAGCUUCAUCACUUCUAACGCUAAUACGCUAACUUGCCGCAAACCGCUAAACUUUUCAACUUACGAACAAACAACAGCGAGACAAAACAUUAGCAGCCAUUUCGACUACGGUUCUAAUUCUGCGUUUAAAUGGCUGACCAGUUUCUUGAGGUAGAUAAGUUAAGAGACACUCUGCGCGAGAGUCUGGAAAUGGAUGACAAACGACAGGAGGACAUCAGCAGACAGGAUGUUUUGACGCGCAUUGAGAGAGUCAUUCAGACGAUAGUCAUCAGCGUGUCUAAAGGAGAAGCACCUGUGCUGAGAUUGAUGAAUAGAUGCAACUGGUCCAAUGUCAGAUUUCACGAGUCUGUUGGUUUAGUAGUACGGAAGGCAGAUGUCCCUGUGACGACUCUCCGAUGUGACUGCCCUUUAUCAGCCACCAGAUUUGCCCUGAUUUUGAAGCUCUUGUCUGUUAUUUACAAACUUGUACAGAGUGACUCCUAUGCUACUAAAAGGGACAUAUACUAUAAUGAUCCACAGCUGUUUGGGUCACAGAAGAACUUGGAUUCCGUCCUGGAUGACAUUUCAUGCAUGCUCAAGGUUCCUCGCAGGAGUUUGCAUGUGGUACGUGCAUGUUUUGCAACAUCCAAAGGCUUAAUCUCAGGUGAUCUGUGCUAUUUGGAGGAAGAUGGCACAAAGGUGGACUGCAGUUCCAGCUCCACUGCGGUUCCGGUGUCUUCCAAUGUUAAUGGGAUCAGAAACAUUGUAUCAGCUGCGAAAUUCAUUCUGAUAGUGGAGAAGGAUGCAACUUUCCAGAGACUACUGAGUGAUGACUUUUGCACCAGACUUUCUCCCUGCAUCAUCAUAACUGGUAAAGGGGUGCCUGAUGUCAACAGCAGACUGAUGGUGAGGAAACUCUGGGACACGCUACACGUCCCUGUGUUUGCUCUGGUGGAUGCAGAUCCUUACGGCAUCGAGAUCAUGUGCAUCUACAAGUACGGCUCACGGGCAAUGGCCUUCGAGGCCCACAGUCUGACUGUCCCCAGUGUGCUGUGGUUGGGCCUCCUGCCUUCAGACAUCCAGAGGUACAGAGUCCCAGAGGAAACGCUUAUUCCAUUUUCUCAAGCAGAUGAGAGCAAACUCAACAGCUUGAGGAGCAGAGACUACAUCAGCUGCCAGCCUGCCUGGGAGAGAGAGAUAGAAACAAUGCAGAGACUGAAGCAGAAAGCUGAGAUACAGUCCCUGGCAUCCAUCGCCCCGCAUUUCCUCACUCGAGUCUACCUGCCAAAUAAACUGCGCUAUGGAGGCUGGAUCUGAGCAUCUGCUGCCUUCUGCUGGAUUAUAUAUGCGUGUUCUGCAUGAACCGCAUGGUUAAAUAUUCCAGUGUGUUCUUACUGAAUGUUAGAUGAGCUGUUAUGUUAGAGUUAUGAGCUCAAAUAUGCCAUAAAUCAUUUGCGCCGUUGAAACUGCUCUGGAAUGUCACACAUUUGCUUUGGCUGUGAAUAUAAUGCAAUGGAAUAACCUAAAUAAAUGAACUCUUCCCUUUUUUUGCUAACUUCCUCAUGAAACGGACUAAUUAAUUUGUUUAAGUA